AUGAAGUCUGCAAUCUUCAGUUCCAUUUUAUUCACCUUCGCUGCGGCCAGGGACUACGCACUUGAUAAACAAUUCGACGUGCAGUCUAGUCUUCUUACUGAUCCCAAGGAGGUCUCUGGAAAAACCUUCGACUAUGUCAUUGCUGGGGGAGGCUUGACGGGCCUGACUGUUGCAACCAAAUUGACGGAGAAUCCCAAUAUCGAGGUUCUGAUCAUUGAAAAAGGCUUCUAUGAGUCUAACAGUGGAGCAAUUAUCGAAGAUUUGAAUGCCUAUGGUGAGAUCUUUGGCACGAAUGUGGACCAAGCAUACCAAACUGUCCCCCUUGCAAUCAACAAUCGCACGGAAUUGAUCAGGUCCGGAAACGGCCUGGGAGGGUCGACCUUAAUCAACGGCGGUUCCUGGACCCGCCCAGACAAAGUUCAAAUUGACUCAUGGGAGAAAGUCUUUGGCAACGAGGGCUGGAAUUGGGAGAAUCUUGUCAAAUACAUGAAGAAAGCCGAAAACUCUCGCCCUCCAGAUGAGGCCCAAGUUGCAGCUGGCCACUUUUAUGAUCCUUCCUGUCAUGGAACAAAUGGUACUGUACACGCAGGACCUCGUGAUAACAGCAAACCCUGGUCUCCUAUUAUGAGAGCCCUCAUGAACACUGUAUCGGAGCGUGGCGUUCCAACUCAAGAGGACUUCCAUUGUGGCCACCCUCGCGGGGUCUCCAUGAUCCCGAAUGCUGUACACGAGGACCAGAUUCGGUCAGACGCAGCACGUGAAUGGCUUCUUCCAAACCACAAGCGCCCAAACCUCAAAGUAUUGACUGGUCAGAUGGUGGGAAAAGUCCUACUCAACAAGACUGAAUCCGGAAUUAAGGCUACUGGUGUGAACUAUGGCACGCACAGGAAUGUAAAUUUUAACGUGUCUGUAAAGCAUGAGGUAUUACUUGCAGCUGGAUCUGCAAUCUCACCUUUAAUUCUAGAGUGGUCUGGUAUUGGCUUGGAGGAUACCCUUGAAGCUGCUGGGGUUGAGCAGAUUGUGGAUCUCCCCGUUGGACUCAAUAUGCAGGACCAAACGACUACUACUGUUCGCUCAAAUGCUCAGGCCUCUGGUGACGGUCAGGGUCAAGCAAUCUACUUUGCCUCUUUCAACGAAACCUUUGGUGACUUUGCCUCUCAGGCUGCCGUGCUACUCAACUCCAAACUUGACCAAUGGGCGGAGGAAACCGUUCUCAAUGGCGGUUUCCACAAUGUGACGGCUCUCAAGAUCCAGUACGAGAACUACCGCGAUUGGCUUCUCAACGAAGAUGUUGCCUUCGCGGAGCUUUUUCUGGACACCAUGGGGAAGAUCAACUUUGACUUGUGGGACCUUAUUCCCUUUACUCGCGGUUCUGUACAUAUACUUGCAAGCGAUCCUUAUCUCCACCGCUACGCCAACGAUCCCAAGUUCUUCAUCAACGAAUUCGAUGUGCUUGGCCAAGCCGCUGCCUCGAAGCUAGCCCGUGAGCUUUCCAACUCCGGUGAUAUGAAGAAAUACUAUGCGGGAGAGAACAUGCCUGGCGAUCAACUACCCUAUGACGCCACCUUGGAGCAAUGGUCAGAUUAUGUCAAGAAAAAUUUCCGCGCCAAUUGGCACGGGGUGAGUUCAUGCUCAAUGAUGGCUAGGGAAUUGGGAGGUGUUGUGGACUCCGCCGCCCGAGUUUAUGAUGUUGAAGGUCUUCGUGUCAUUGAUGGCUCCAUCCCUCCGACUCAAGUGUCGUCGCACGUCAUGACCGUUUUCUACGGUAUGGCUCUGAAGAUUGCUGAUGCCAUCUUGGCAGACUACUCCAAGAACUGA